AUGAGCAAAAGCCUUCUUGGUUCCACUCAUCACCACUACUUGCUAGGAAAAAGCUUGCGUGCGCUUCAACAACGAGGUGCUUUCGGACUUUAUGGAAAAUCAAUAUUGUCGUCUCAUGCUAACAGCAUCAGCAGCAGCAAGAGAAGCGUCGACGGGAGAGCAACCUUUAAUGUUCGUCAUUAUCAUUCGAGCCAGAGAGUGUUGAGAGAACGAGAGGAAGAUUCUUCUUCUCCUACUGUAGUUUUCAUUCCGGAAGUGGGCUAUGAACUAAAGAAUACCUUUUCAGAAGGAAAUCCUGUAUUGGAAACCGCACAGCAAAUGGAUAAGGAAAAAUUGAAACAAUUAUUGAAAAGUGCAAAGCCUAAUGCCCUAAGAAAUGUUUCGAAAAUUCCAAAAGAACCUGAUGCCAUGAUGAACCAAACAUUAUCAUCAUCAAAGCCCAAACUACCAAAUCUUACUCAACCUCUAUUUGAAAGUAGCAAUAUUCAAUACAUUGUUCCAGGAAUUCACUUCAACGCACGAGACUUACAAGUUACAAAGUUAGAGAAUGGCUUAACCGUUUCUACUUUUUCGAAACAUUCGAAUUUGGUUUGCAUUUGUGUGGCUUUCCGUGCUGGUCCGAGAUAUGAAAAGCCUCAUGAAGCAGGAAUUUCAACAAUUAUCAAUAGAUUAACAUUUGCCCAUUCGCGAAAGUUUACUGAAGACUUUGUAAAAGAAUAUCUUGAAGACAAAGUUCUUUAUGAGUCAACCUCUGAAUAUGAAAGUCACUCCUUCUUCAUUACUUGCCCAAAAGACAAGGUCGACAUUGCAUUUGAAUUUCUCUCAGAUACCAUGCUACAUCCAAAGUUUUAUCAAAGUGAUGUUGAUGCUGCAAUUGAAUUACUCAAGUUUAAUUUGGAAACAGAAAUGUCAAUUCCUUCAAGUCCAACAGUAAUGACAGAUUCCAUUUUGAAAUCAUGUUUUGGUGCAACUCCCGAGGGCGGAUUAGGAAAUCCAUCCCUUGCAAUCAAAGAAGAUGCUACGCCUGAAAUUCUUCAUGAUUUUUAUGACCGAUUCCAUGUUCCAAGUAGAUGUACAAUUUCAGCCAUUGGAAUUGACCAAAACAAGAUGUUAGAACUGGUUAACAAAUAUAUGGACUUUUCACCUCAGGCUCUACAAAACAAUUCCAUGCAAGAGCCAUAUGUUAAACCAAUAUGGAAACCUGGUGAAUUAUAUAUCGAAUUUUUGGAGAGACCUCAGUCAGCCUUUUUACAGAACAUUCCACCAAGUACAUCCUUUGUUGCUUCAUUUGAAGGAGUUGGACAUAAGGAUGUUGACGACCUUUUUACCGUCAAUGUCUUGGAAACGAUCUUGGGAGGUGGAGAUUCCUUCUCUAGUGGUGGACCUGGAAAGGGUAUUUAUUCUGUAAUCAAUAGACAUUACCUUCCAGCAUUCCAGUUCAAUAACAUGAUUGCUCAACACUAUGCCUAUUCUGAUACAGGCAUUUUCUCUUUCCAUGCUAGUCUGAAUCACGAAGAAAUGAAUCCAGGUCAACUCCCCAUUGCAAUUCUUACUCUCCUUUCCAAGAUGCCAGAAUAUAUUACCGAUGAAAUCUUGGAUCAAGCCAAACAACAGUACAAAUCUCAAGUAUUGCACAGCUUAGAAAGUAAUAACUCAUUGGUGUUGAAUGCUGUGAACGAUCUUAUGUGGAACAACAAAUAUUUUGGCGUAGAUUUUCUUGUGAAUAAGAUUGAUUCUGUGACGAAGAAGGAUAUUUUAGACGUGAUCGAUCGAUUGUUCUACAGAGGAAAGCAGCCUGGACUUGUCGCCAUUGGAGAUGUAUCCCAGUUAAUGCAACCACCAGAAUUCCGUAAAUUCUUUUCUGAAAUUUGCCAAGCAAAAAAUCCUUCGGUUUUAUCUAAAUUAUUCAGAAGAAAUAGAAAGUAA